AUGUUUCAAGAUAAAAACUUUUCAUUAGGCAGAAUAAAACAUUUCAAAACUAAUUCGAAAAGAUGUUUUCAGCCAGAUAAAUACAAAAUUCGACGCAGGAAAAAUAUAACAAAAUUACCGGCUACUCUGACAUGCAAGCUGAUGGAGGAUUCAGAGUACACUAAUCCUAAUCAAGAAUUAUUAAUUUCAAAGAUGAAAGGCAUUCACAAGGAAAUUUUUAAUUUUACUUGGCGUGAGAAAAAAAUACUUGGCAAGCACAAAAUGAAAAGUCUUUGUAUAUCAUCUUUCAAUGGAAAUUAAACACAUUAGUGCAAAAAAAAGCAACAUCAAAGGG